AGUAGGUUGACCUGUUGAUGGCAGAACUGGGGAGUUGGGACUUCGCACAAUAACCUAAUUCUCGCUGAUCUACGGUAUCAUGUGGGCGGCUCUACGAUCUCGAUCGCUUCCUUUCUUGUCAACGUCGUCAAAAGAUUCAUAUCCUCUAAUCGGUCGCUCAUGGAAGCUUGGCUUUCCAGGCCUCAAUCACAACUUUACUUCCUCCACAGUUGGCAGUGCCGGUAACACCGGGUUUUUAGACCUAGAAGAGGUGGAAAAAGUUCUCACCGAUGUGAAGGCAGACAACGUGCAGGUGAUACCUGUCAAUAAGGGCUGUGAUUGGGCCGAUUUCAUGGUGCUUGCCACUGGUAGGUCCGCCUGGCACGUCAAGAACAUCGCUCAAGCCCUAAUUUACCAGGCCAAGCAAAAGCAAAGGGGAGCUGGUCGAGUAGUCCUACCCAGUGUGCAAGGACAAGAGGGAGGAAAAUGGAUUGUCGUCGACUCGGGUAAGAUCAUUGUUCAUGCUCUUGACGAGAAAGCUAGAGCUUAUUACAAUUUGGAAAGUCUCUGGAACACAGAAACAUCUCCAAAGGAUUCAAUUCAGGAUUUGGAGAAAGCAUUUGUGAAGAUUCGUCCGAAGAAUAAUUCGAAGAAGCCAAUGCGGAGAAGUGCUUAAGUUGCAUUAUUUAGGGAGAUGAAAACAUCCCUAGUCCUCCAUCUCCAGAACUCAGCCUCUCUGAGCAAUUUUGUGCCCAUAAAAAGGAAGAAAAAAAAAGGCGAGGGCGAGCUUGCUAUUGUACUCUUCACAUCAGGAAAUCCCAUGCAUAUUGUUUAUGUGAACCAUAGCUUUAUUUUACCUUGGUAGAUAAAAUUGCUCUUCGAGAAUGUUCAUUGAAGUGGAACUGUAGCAACUGCCUCAUUCAUUGAACUCUAUAAUGCAAAACUAGGUGUAAAAGAUCUUUCCAUGGAGCAGCUAUUGACAAGAGAGAGACCUAAUCUUUAAAUACGAUUCUUGUGGAGUGAGUUUCUGC